CUUUUUCUCGGUCUGAGUUUCCUUUCCUCGGUGCCCUGCUCCCCAGCACGGGAUGGCAUCGGUCUCCCAGAAGCUGGAGGAGAAGCUGGUCUGCUCCAUCUGCCUGGAGCUGUUCAGGGUGGCCGUGACCUUGCCCUGCGGGCACAACUUCUGCCAGCAAUGCAUCGGCGACCACUGGGACAAGCAGGAGCAGGAGGCCACCAGGGCCAAGAAGGGCUACACCUGUCCCGAGUGCCGGAAGAGCUUCGAGCGGCGCCCGGAGCUGAAGAAGAACGUGACCCUGUGCAGCGUGGUGGAGCUGGCGCGGACGGACGAGGUGCAGGCGGCGGGCGCCGAGAGGCCCAAGGCGGCGCAGGGCGGCCAGUGCCCGCGGCACGGGCGCCCGCUGGAGCUCUACUGCGAGGACGAGCGGCGGUGCAUCUGCUGCGUCUGCACCGUGCGGCAGUGCCAGCACCACCGGCGGGUGCUCUUCGAGGAGGAACGCUCUAAAAAGCAGGGGAAGCAGCUAAAACAGGAUGAAAUCCAGCAAAGCGCCUCACUUCUAAGUGAUGCAGGGCACCGCGUCUCCCCUCCCCAAGCCACCUCCUUCUGCACGAGGUUUCUCUCAGAGCCCCGCGAGGCAGACCUGGGUGCGAGGCGAGCUGCUUCACUCUCCAGCGCAGGGUGUUUGUGCCGCCCUUUGCAGGACCUUCUGAGAGAGUCCCUGGAAAAAGCCCAGCAGGAGACGGAGAGGAUCGAGCAGGCAAUGCAGGAGCUGGAGAAGCAAACGCUCAGCAUCCAGGAAUCCUCUGAGAGGCUAAAGUUGAUGGUUCUGAACAAAUUUAGCCAUCUGGAGAAAGCCUUGGAGGACUGCCAGCGGCAAACGGUGGCCAGGAUCGAGCAAGAGCAAGCCACAGCGCUGUGUCAAGUGGAGGAGAACUGGAAUUGCUUGAAGGACUACCUGGACACCCUCAGCCACCAGAGGGAGAAGGCUCAGGACCUGCUGGCCUGCCCUGACGACCGGACAUUCCUUGAGGAAUUCCCCCUGAUCCCUUCUCCAGAGAGUCUGGAGGCAUUGCCCCCUGUGGAGUUCAAUGUGGGCAUGGUAGAGCCCCUCUCUGAGAUCCUCACGGACAUCUCCAGGCUCUUGCUGGAAGACUUGCCUUGCUCUGUGGCCCCCAAAGCCGCUGACCCUGUAUCUCCAGAUCUGGUCCAGCCCGAGACACCAGCAGCGGUGAAGGCGGUGGCCCCUCUCCCCCCGUGCCAGUUCCGAGCUGAGCUUCUGAAGGACCAGCGAAACCUGACCUUCGACGCCGAGACGGCCAACAAGUACCUGCGCCUGUCGAGCCGAAACCAGAGGGCCAAGCACCCGCGCAGCGCCGGCAGCCCGCAGCAGGACCACGCCGCCCGCUUCGAGCUCUGGCAGGUGCUGUGCGCGCAGAGCUACGGCCCCGGCCGCCACUACUGGGAGGUGAAGGUCUCCAGCCACUCCGUUGUCGUGGGGGUGACGUACCGGGACAUCCCUCGGAAAUGGCAGCCGGGCUGCAGGUUCAACAUCGGCCUGGACAACAGGUCGUGGGGGCUGCAGGUGCGGGAGGACUGUUACUUGGCCUGGCACAAGGGCCGGUCGGAGAAAAUCCCGCAGCGCUUGUACCAGUACCUGGGGGUCAGCCUGGAUUACGACAGCGGGGUCCUUUCCUUCUACGGCCUCGGGGACAGGACGCAGCUCAUCCACGCUUUCCACCACAUCUUCACAGAGCCCCUUUACCCCAUCUUCUGGCUUUGCGAAGGCCGAACGAUCACGCUGUGCCAGCGGGACUGAGCCGGGGGUAUCACGGCGCGGCGGCUCCCAGGGCUCUAAAGCCGAGGCACGAGCCGGGUGUGGUGAUUUAAACAAGAGGUGCACAUUAACCUGUCUGAUUCCCAGCUGCAAAUAUCGUGAUGCCUACACAAACUAGGGCAGUGGCAAGGAGGACGUUGCCCCCCCCCCCCCCCCGGUAUCUAUAAGUGCACGUGCCUGGUGCCCACCCGUGCGGAAGGGGUCCAUGAUAAGAGAGAAGGCGAUGGGGCGGGUGCAAGAACGUGGUUUUCCUGUUUCUCCUGUCCCAGCCAACCCCACCAGUGCCUGGAGGUUGGGGGAGAAGGGGAGACGAGGGGGGUGCAGUUCCCUCGGGGUGCUGCGGAGCCGGGCAGAGGGAGCCCCGUGCUCUCCCAGCCCAAGUCCGGGCCGAUCCUGCUUUGCCUGGCCCUGCAGAGCCCGUGGUGGUCUGCAGAGCCCGUGGUGGGCCCCGUUCCCCAGCUCCUCUCUGUGCCAUCUCGCGACUCUUUGACUUGGACUCAGGCAGGGCAAAGCAUCCUUCUGGGGGUUCCACACCGCAGUUCGUGUUUGUAAGAAGCUGCUCGCCCCAGUAAAGCUCUAUUUUCCUA